UUCAGCGCUGUCGACGAACACUCGUCGAGUUUUGGUGCGCACGGCCACUGUAUGAGCAGCGAAGCGCACGAGCAUGGGCUCCGGCCUACAGAGCUCUUGCCUGGGCGAGCAAGCAGCUCUGUCGCGCUAUCGCCCAGUCAUUCGGCGUCGAGCUUGCUGAGCAGUCCUCAAAGUGCAGCUCAAACGAACAGCUCGAGCAUGUCUGCCUCUGCUUCCCUCGGUCGCCGAGCCGUCUCAUCCUCUAUACCACGCUCGUCUUCGGCUUCGAGCUUGUCUAGCUUGGCCACAGGUUCAAAGAUGGACGAGAAGGAAGCUAAAUUGAAUGACGAUCCUCGAUGGCGCAAGUAUGCUGCUGCUGUCGAACGAGUGCUCACAUCCUUCGAGUCAAUACAAGAAUGGGCCGACUUCAUCACAUUCCUUGCUCGGCUGCUCAAGACCUUACAGACAUUUCCGCACUAUCAAGUCAUCCCGCACAAGCUCACCAUGGCCAAGAGACUAUCGCAAUGUCUCAACCCUGCUCUGCCCACAGGAGUCCAUCAGCGCGCACUCGACGUGUACGUCUACAUCUUGACAACGAUUGGAUCAGAUCACCUUAGACGCGACUUGCCUGCAUGGUCAUCUGGCCUGUUUCCUUUCUUCCAGUAUGCGGCCACAUCCGUGCGACCGAUCAUACUGGGCAUCUAUGAGAAAUUCUACCUUCCUUUGCAAGAUCAGCUGAGGCCAUGCACAAAAGCGUUCAUACUCGCGCUGCUGCCAGGUGUCGAAGAGGAGGGCGGCGAGUUCUUCGACAAGGUCGCAUCGCUACUCGAUCAAUUAUCUGGCGCAGUCACGCCAACGUUGUUCCUGCAAAACCUGUGGCUCAUCCUCAUCACCUCACCCUUUUCGCGCAUACCUGCCCUCAACUAUCUCUUGCGCAGGAUGCCAAGCGUGGGAAGAGAUGACAGUAUAGUGGGAAUCGUCGGAUCAGACGUCGGACUCAUGAUUCGCGCCAUCGCUGCAUCGCUUGAAGAUACCCAAGUACUCGUUCAACGCAGCGCCUUAGAUUUGCUCGUACAGACCCUCAGAUUAGACGGCAAGGCAUUCGUAAACGAUACACGUGCAGAUGACAGAGUGCUCAUCAUGCGAUCCGCAUUAGCCGUCGUGCUCCGCCGGGAUCUUUCCCUCAAUCGUCGCCUGUUCAUCUGGCUUCUCGGUCCUUCAGAAGUUGAGCAAGAGCAAAUUACAUACCUAAGGCAGAAUGGCUUGUCGAUCGUCAUGCAUGCGCUCAGAUCAGAUCUCUAUAGACCGCUUUCGCCAAAGUCGCCCACGCAUCGCUUAGAUCGCCAGAGGCCAUUCAAGAUCUUCACAUCUCUGCUUGACAAAUGGGAAAUCGGCAGUCUAUUGACCGAGAAUCUCGUCCUUGACGCUUUCACUGCGCUUCAGAACACGCUCAGGCCGGACGAUGUCCAUGAUGAGCUGCUCAUGACAGCCAACACGCUGUUCGAGGCACUUGAUCCGUACCUCUUGUGGCAAGCUUUGUUCCGAGCGACCGAGCGCGAAAUGGCCUUGCCGGAGGAUCAGUCUACCAGUGCGUUUGAUCUCAUUGUCUACAUUGUCGACAACUUCCGAUUGCACGACGAUGAGAUGCUACGCUUGCAUCUGCCGAUAUUAGCAUUCAGCCUCAUCGACCGAGUUCACGACGGCCUGCGAUCGGGCUCCUUACCUCUUCCUCGAGCGUGUCAGGCCUUGCGUACAGCUUCGCGCUUGAUCGAAGAGAUGCCGCUAUCGUGGUACGCCGGCGUUUCAAUCGAAGCCAAUGCAGCACUAGGGUUUACAACAGCACAUCAGCUUGCUCUCUCAUUCUAUGCUGCUUCUGACGUCAGACAAAUCGCUAUGCCGCCUUCUGACUUCCCGGCUCGUCUACGCGAUCGCGGUCUGUCUAUACUACUGGCCGUCAUUCAAUCGAACUGGCAGACCACGCCAUCUGGCUCGGUCGUGGUCGAUGCUGCUCACGGCAUUGCGCUGUUGGCCGAAUCUGACGAUGUGCAGAACGCCGCGAGUAUCAACAUUGAUUGGCAACCUGAGCAGUGGCUUUCGCAAGCCGUCGCACAACUCGAUGCAUACCCAGCAACACUCGAAGGCUUCACUGCCCUUAAUGCGCUCGUAAGCACGACAGUCACAUUAUGUCGACUGCGAAGUCAGCCUCAGCUCGUCAUCUCGACUCGAUCAAGUGCACAGGCAUUCAUAGUGAGGCUCCUUGAUUGGCUGCAGCCAGACUGCGUCCCACUCUUUGCGCAAGCCAGCAAGCUGAUUUGGGCCGUCGACGAGGCUGCGGGCUGCAAGCACGUCGAAUCCGUGCUUGCUCAGCUGCUUACAAAGGGGGAAAAGGCAGAUCGUUUACGAGCAUACGAGUCUUUUGGAAAUUUAUGGCGACAUACGGAUGAAAGCCUACAGCCUGGCGACAAUCUCUUCACUCCGUUGCUCGUCGUGCUAGAUUCUUUGCGCGACGAGGAUCUCAGCAUCCGUCGAGCAGCAGAGGCUUGGAUGCGCUGCAGCCUCAAAUCAUACAUCAGAGUGUUGGAUCCGUUGCUGCUUCGUUUACACGAUCCGAGUAUCAAGCGAGUUAAGGCAGAUGUCACACUCGGUAAUCAGACCGUGCUUUCCCUACAAAAGUAUUCAGAGCCUUUCGAUCAUGCCAAUUUGUGCCACUUGCUCGAGAAUUUGCUUGGGCUCAUGCGAUUUGGCGGACAAGGUUUCUCACGCAUUGCCAAAUCGACCCAUCUAAAGCCAGGCGCUUCAGUCGAGAUGCGAGAGCGUCUCUUCGCUGCAGGCAUUCAAGACAACACCUACCUCGAUGGCAUUACGAUCAGCGUCAUCCGCACGCUUGCAUCUGAUCACGGCGCCUACGCCACACCGUCACUUGUCGAAACUAAUUUGCGCACGCAUGGCUUAUGCGCCGACAUACUCCAGCUACUCAUCUCGCGUGGUGAUCUUUCAGUGCGGUUGUUGCAAGCGAUAGAGACGGUGUUGGUUGCUCGCCUGAUGAUCUGCGUUCACCGAUCGGAGCUCGACAUACAGAAUCGCCUACUGCACGUCUUGCAUUCGACCAUACAGGCGCUCACACCUGGAGGCAAGCCCCACGGGGUUACUGCAAACGAUCUAAGCCCUGCCGCUGCGUCGACCGAAGCACUCAAGACAACGCUCGCCAGUCCUCAGCUUGAUCGAGCAGAUCCCGCCGAGCACGAUCCCUUGCUGAUCAGAUUGAUCUGCGACGGCAUCAAUAUGCAGCGCAGCAGUGCCGUCUUACAUCACUGGAUCGACUUCUUGCUCAUGACGGUCUCACAGCUGCGAUACUCGCUCGACGAGAUGAUCUUGCCGCUUUGCGACUGCAUCACUCGUCGAUUGGGACAGAUCGUCAAAGACUUGGCUGUCGCUUGGGAUCCAGAUACUGCUGGUACGUCGAUUGCAUUCGAAGCGACAGAUGGCGACUUCACAGUCCUGAUGAACGCUCUCGAACGACUCCUUUUGGUUGCUUCUGAAGAGGCGUCCAAAGUUGCCGCAACAUCGCCCGUUGACGUCGAGAUCGAUGACAAGCAUGUCAUCUCCGAUCAACCCGCUAGCAGUAUCUUCAGCUAUGUCACCAAUGUUCUGUCAAGCACAGAGCACGCUGUGCCGACCGAAAUGCCUCAUCAAGCGAAGAAGCACGCGAUGGAUCGGCUAGACAACGCCAUUGGUGUUAUGCUGCUUACGUGGAAGGUCACGAGCGAGCUGGAAGCCAAGGUUGCAGGCGACAGUCUACGUGGUCAAGCAUGGAUUGGCACGCGUAUCAAAGCACGCACAAAGAAAGCCCUGGAGCGGAUCGCCAGAGGCUAUCAGGGCCAAGUGCUGGAGAUGCAUAUCUCGACAUGGCAUGAAGCGAUUGAUCGGCAAGAGCCUGGCAGCUGGCUACUAGAUUUGCUCAACUCGCUCAUCACUUCGCCCACGAUGCUCAUCAGUGCGGUGUGUGAGCGUGUUACCGCUCGCACAAGUCCACUGCCAUCCGACAAAAGCCGGUCUCUGCAGGCUUUCUCGAAGCUCACUGAAGCGGAUCUCUUUGCAUUUCUAGAGGAGUGCAUCAAAUAUAUGAGCAGUACUGCUGCCACUUCGGUACUCCAGCAGCUCAUCACAUUCACACGCGAUUUCUCCAACAAUGUAGCGACGUACAAACUUCAGCUCUAUCCUAGCUUGCGGUGCUUCGUCGCGCUAUGCGACAAGCUGUCAGGCACUGCAAGUCUCGAAGAUCGCAAGGCCAGGAAAGAUGUACAGGACCUGCUUGCAAAGUGCAUCGAGGUGGUCACACAGCUGACCGGCAAAGUUGGCUCAGCGGCACGAAAGCAAGGCGACGAACAUAUAUCAGCAUCUGUGGAGGACCUCGAGAACGGGAGAUCGGCCAGUGUAUCUUGGACCACGACUGGUGUAUCGCCUUAUCAGCUCCAAGUAUAUCUGACAGAGCGUGUCUUACCAUGCCUCAAAACGAUCCAGAUGGACAGCGAUCGGUGCUCGAGUCUAGCUGCGACAAUAGUGCAUUACAGUGUCGCUCCAGAUCUUCGGCUGAAAGGGAGAACGCUCGAAGUUGAAGAAACCACCAUUGCACUCUUCACCGAACUGACACGCCUACCGGCGGCGGCUAAAGCAUGGCGAGCGCAGCUAAGCGAUAUUUACGGCGAUAUUCGAUUCUUUACACAACGCGCUCGAGCUGCGGACGCAUGGCGACCAAGCAUGGCAGCUCUGCUCGCUGCCGACAAGGAGAAGUUUGUCGAUCUGCUCGUCAAAGUCACCGCUGCUCAGUCUGCCAAUAUAUUUGCUAACCGCGAGCAAGAGUCAUAUGCGCGUGCAAUCAGCCUAAGACGAUUGUCGUAUCUCUUCUAUGCUGGUCAGCCAGAUCAGUUCUUGGCACAACUGCCAUUGCUGCAAGAGAAGCUGGUCGACAUGCUUAGGCCUGGCACAGGCGAGAUCGUACAUGCUGAAGUAUUCACCUGCUUGCGUGUUCUGCUUUGUCGCGUUGGCAGUCAACAUCUCACCAGCUUCUGGCCGGUCGUACUUGCCGAGCUGCUCAGGCUGUUCGAAAGUCUUCUGCACAACCGGCACGCAGAUUCUACAGACUUCGUGCUCUUGAUCGCUUCAGCGUGCAAGUUGCUUGAUCAACUCUUGCUCCUGCAGACAGAAGAUUUCCAGAUACAUCAAUGGAUGUUUGUCACAGACACAGUGGAUGCAAUCUAUCCCCCAGAUGGGUGGCAGCCUCGCUCGAUCAUGGAUAGGCUGGCAGACAUUGUCAGAGAUCGACAUCGCAAGAACGAUGGCAAAGUCGGCGCAGAAUCGCCUGCUUUAAGCAAACGCCCCGAAUUCGAUCGCAAUGAUAGCAUACCGUCCGGACUGCCCAAUGGUCAUUCUAUCGAUGUGUCAGUGCCUGCAGAACUGACAGACGCCGCGCGCACAAGGUUGAAGCGACCGCUGCUCGCCAAGCUCCGUCUAAAGCGACCCGAAGAGCAUGCCAAUACCGAGCGAUCAACAGCUGCUGCUAAUUUGCUUGCCAAACUUGAGCUGCGCUUCUUCUCGCGCGUCAGCCUUGCUAGCUACGAGACAGUGUAUGCCGGCGGCGAGAUCGAUUGGGAUGCGGUCGAGGCGAGCCUGGCAGGUGACCUGUUCGAAGGUCGGUAGGCAUCGCAGUUUGCAAUGCAAGACCUGUUGCUCGUUGUCGCUCUCAAGGUCUGACCAGACGGCCUUGGAUGAACGAACGAAGGAUGCCAAGUCCUCCUGUGCCUGCCUCUAUGGCACGCGCAGCUAUGUCGGCCGGCUUGAAGCUACCUGAUUUGCUCGCGCCGGCUUGACCCAUGAGCGCAGCUUUGACCAUCGGCAGCUCGUUGAGCACUUCGAUGCCCGUUGAACGUGCCCAUACGAGCGGUCCAGAUUCUAUUGCGUAGAGCUUGUGUAGCUUGUCAAUCGCGGAAAGCAUAGUAUGAUUGGCGAGAUAACGCUCUCGUGGAUAAGCUUGCAAAGCAG